GACACUUUACGCACAUCUUUCUGUUUACUUCACUAUUUUUAGAGGAAGGCCAAGUUUUUCCGCAGUCCAAAUGCGAACUUCAGAGUUCAGAUUCCGCCCCUGUCUACAACGGCGGAUGACAUCCCACGGGCGACCGAGGCCUCUCGCGAUCCACAUAUAUGGAAACGGAGGGGAUCCUACUCCGGUGAAGACAAGCCGCAUCAGUGCUCUCGCAGACGGAGAUUCCUCAGGGCUUUCGGUGGUAGGCUUGUGAACCCAUCUGGGAGCAGUAGAUUGGCGGUGAAAAACAGACUGCACAGGGAACGAAGACUUGCUGAUGGAGGCUGGGAAACACGCCGCACUGAUCUACGGAAGGACGACGGCUUUUGGCGAAAAGUUGACCAGCGAUGGAUUCCUAAAUCCAUACAAGAAGGAGCUGAUACUUGCAGGGGAAGAUUCUAUAGAGUUUCUCAGUCAGUUCGAGAACACUGGCGCUCAAGGUGUCAAUCUGAAAUGGGGGGUGCAGCGAGUCUGGGCUGUCACGAUAGUUGGCAGUGCUAUCCUACUCAACCAGUGAGGCCAUUUGGACUUUCCGAGGUCUGGAAUCAGAACAAGUCAGGCAGCCACUACAUAACUGACCAGAGUUCCCUUAUCAUUGAAACUUGAGGGAAUCAUCUCCCCAACAUGCAGAUUCACAACAAAAAUUGAAGGGGGUUGGUUGUUCAGAUUUUGAGAUAAUUAAUCUUGUUAUUGAUCGUAUGGACGGGAAUUAUGUAGACACUAAGGAGUUCACUAUCUCAGAUGCCUUAGUACAAGCUGAUUUAGUAUAUUCUGGAAAUAUGAUCAAUACUUUGGGCUUUCCGGUUGCAACUACUUUUUUUUAUUCUUCCCACAUUUGUGCUGCAUUAGAAUCCUCUGUUUCAGAGUUGAAACUAUUUCUCCAGGAUACAAUGAACUCGAGUGUUGCUAGUCUAUCAACAUUUCUAUCCAAAGAAUAUGAGUGUAUCUUUAAACAAUUAACUGAAAGCCAAGGACUAAACAGUGAUCAAUCACACAUAAAGAGGAGGUUGCAGAUGACCAACGGGAUACUGAAAAAAGGGAUGCUGCCAAGAGAGGUGCUAAGCGGGAAAUUGGAGUCGGAACACCCAAAAUUGAUUGGGUUUUUGAUCACUCGGACUAUUCAGGUGGUGAAGAUCAGGAGGCCGACUCCUCGAGGGAUUUUUUCUUAGGUCACACUUCGGAGAAUGAAAAGCGGACUCCUAUAUCGACGAUGGAAGAUUUAUGGGAUUUCAACACUAAUCAAAAUAUUUGCAAUAAGGCUUUGCUUAUAACGAGGGAUAACUGCUUGCCUACGAACAAUAUGAAUAUCCAAAUGAAUAGCUACAGAAAGAAAAAUCAAUAUUCACAUCGUAUGAGGACACGAUCUCAAACUCGAAUGAAGUGAGGAGUUUUACUAUAGUUAGAGAGUUAGGGUUCUCUUGGAUGGGUAUUUGUAUGGCUAGGGUUGGGCUCUUUAUUUAGUUGCAUUCCUAUUGUUUCUUCUUUUUUCCUUCUUUCGCCUCGUACUUUUUCCUCUUUUCGUAAUAAAAUGUAUCUUUUUCCAAAAAAAAGACAAUAUUUCUUGUCGAGCCGGGAAACCGCCAUCCGGACGAGGGCAUUUCAGGACCUUUCCUG